AUGCCAUCAACAUCUAUAGAAGUUGUUAAUAAGUUUAAUGAGUUAAGGCUCACUGCAAAUACAAACUCUAGUGUGAUUAGUAAUGAUAAAUGUGAUGUAUCAAUCGCGACUAAAGCUUAUGCAGUUUAUGAGCCAUCGGAUUCAUUCAAAUUAUUUGAAUUUGAAAGACAUAUAUCAAAAUCGACCGAUGUUUUAAUUCGAAUUUAUUAUUGUGGCAUAUGUCAUACGGACAUUCAUAUGGCACUUAACCAAUGGGGUUAUUCGAAAUAUCCAAUAGUACCAGGACAUGAAAUCACAGGUGUUGUUGAACAAAUCGGUGACAAUGUAAAGAAAUUUCAAGUUGGCGAUCAUGUUGGUGUUGGAUAUAUGAUUAAUUCAUGUCGUACUUGUCAUCUAUGUAAAAGAGAUCUCGAACAAUACUGUACUAAUAAGUGCAACACAUCUAACGGUACACAAAUAGGUCAAGUGACACCGACAUAUGGAGGUUAUUCAAAUUUCAUCGUAGUUGAUGAACAUUUUGUAAGCAAAAUUCCUAAAAAUUUGCCAUUGGAUAGUGCUGCACCAUUAUUGUGUGCUGGUAUUAGUACUUAUUCAUCAUUACGAUAUUAUAAUGUUGGCAAAAACACACGCCUUGGAAUAAUUGGUCUUGGUGGUCUUGGUCAUAUAGCAAUAAAAUUAGGCUCAGCGAUGGGAGCAUAUGUCAUUGUUAUAUCAUCAUCAGAAUCGAAACGUAAUGAUGCAUUAAAACUCGGGGCUAAUGAAUUUAUUGUUUCCAAAGAUGAAAAACAAAUGAAGCAAAUAAAAAAUUCAUUAGAUUUAAUUCUUGAUACAGUAUCAGCACCACAUGAUGUUGCUUCUCUAAUUGAUCUACUCAGAUUCGAAGGUGUUUAUACCAUAAUUGGUGCACCAUCAAAAUCACUUGAAAUUCCAACAUUUCCAUUGCUAAUGAAACGACCGAUUAUAUCUGGUAGUGCUGUUGGUGGAAUGAAAGAAACACAAGAAAUGUUAGAUUUCUGUGGUCAACAUCAAAUAACAUGUGAUAUUGAAUUGAUUAAAGCUACACCAGAAGCAAUCAAAACAGCUUUUGAUCGAGUUAUUAAAGCUGAUAUUAAAUAUCGUUUUGUACUUGACAUAAUUAAUGCAUUCAAAUAA